GAAAAAGGGAAACAAACCAAGCUAGAGAAAAGAAGAAGGUACUACAUACUAGCUAGCUAGCUUAGCUAUGGGCACCAUCGUCGACGCUGACGUCGGGUUCGCGGUGAAGAGGACGAGCAGGUCGCUGGUGCCGCCUGCGUCGGCGACGCCGCGGGAGACGCUGCGGCUGUCGGUGAUCGACCGCGUGGCGGGGCUGCGCCACCUGGUGCGGUCGCUGCACGUGUUCGCCGCGGGCGGCGACAAGAAGCGGCAGCAGGCGACGGCGACGCCGGCCAAGGCGCUGCGGGAGGCGCUGGGGAAGGCGCUGGUGGACUACUACCCGUUCGCGGGGCGGUUCGUGGUGGUGGACGCGGAGGGCGGCGGGGAGACGCGGGUGGCGUGCACCGGCGAGGGCGCCUGGUUCGUGGAGGCCAACGCCGCGUGCUCGCUCGAGGAGGCCCGCCACCUCGACCACCCCAUGCUCAUCCCCAAGGAGCAGCUGCUGCCGGAGCCCUCGCCGGACGUCAACCCGCUGGACAUGCCGCUCAUGAUGCAGGUGACGGAGUUCUCGUGCGGCGGCUUCGUGGUGGGGCUCAUCUCCGUGCACACGAUCGCGGACGGCCUGGGCGCGGGGCAGUUCAUCAACACGGUGGCGGCGUACGCGCGGGGCGCCACGUCCGCCACGCCCAAACCCGUGUGGGCGCGCGACGUGAUCCCGGACCCGCCCAAGAUGCCGGCGCCGCCGCCGCGCCUGGACCUGCUGGACCUGCGCUACUUCACGGCGGACCUGAGCCCGGACCACAUCGGCAAGGUGAAGGCGCGGUACCUGGAGUCGACGGGGCAGCGCUGCUCGGCGUUCGACGUGUGCGUGGCGCGCACGUGGCAGGCCCGCGUGCGCGCGCUGCGGCUCCCCGACCCGGCCGCGCCCGUGCACGUCUGCUUCUUCGCCAACACCCGCCACCUGCUUCCGGCGGCGGCCACGGCCGGGUUCUACGGCAACUGCUUCUACACGGUGAAGGCGACGCGGGCGAGCGGGGAGGUGGCGGCGGCCGACGUGGUGGACGUGGUGCGCGCCAUCCGCGACGCCAAGGCGAGGCUGGGCGCCGACUUCGCGCGCUGGGCGGCGGGCGGCUUCGACCGCGACCCCUACGAGCUCACCUUCACCUACGACUCGCUCUUCGUCUCCGACUGGACGCGCCUCGGCUUCCUCGAGGCGGACUACGGCUGGGGCACCCCGACACACGUCCUGCCCUUCUCCUACCACCCGUUCAUGGCCGUCGCCGUCAUCGGCGCCCCGCCUAAGCCCAAGCCCGGCGCCCGCAUCAUGACCAUGUGCGUCCAGGAGCAGCACCUGCCCGAGUUCCAGGAGCAGAUGAUGAGCCAGCAGGCCGCCUAGGCUAGCUCCUUCCUGAUCAUCCCAUCACCAUGUUCAUCUAUAUCGUCAUCGUCAUCAUGCAUGCGCGUGCACGUUUGGAAUAUUUGUUAAUCAAUCAAUAACGGUGAGGUGAGGUUGCUAUUAUAUGAAGUAGUAGUAACACCUCAACAACAACAACCCAAUGCAAUGGGAACUCGCGUGUAAUUUGCUCCUUCUUCUUCAAAUAUAAUUCCGCCUCAAUUGUAUGU